UCACUUUAUUUCCCCCUUCCGGACGGACGCCACGUCGUCUUGGCCUGGGGCCGUCUCUCCAUUCCAUGAGAAUCCUCUCGCUCUGCCUCACAAACACCCUCUGAUUAAGCUCUCAACCGCUGCAACAGCAACACUCCCCAAAUCACUGCAGAAUGGAGGCAACCAUUCACAAGGCCUCUGAAUUCGGGUAUCUGGAGAUUUUCAGGAGGGAGAUGGGUCUUUCUCAUCCCCAAACCUUCUCGCGCCGAAUGUCUGCUUCCGAGGUACUUGUCAAGAAAAUUGAUUUUUAUGGGAAGUUAAAUGGUCAUGAGGGUUGUGUAAACACAAUUCAGUUCAACUCCUUUGGCGACAUUCUUGUUUCAGGUUCUGACGAUCAGCAAGUUAUGUUCUGGAAUUGGGAAACUAAACAAUUGAAAUUUUCAUAUGAUUCUGGCCACUCAGAUAACAUAUUUCAGGUCAAGAUCAUGCCCUUUACUGAUGAUCGGAAAAUAGUGACUUCUUCUGCUGAUGGCCAGGUUAGACUUUGUCAGAUAUUGGAUAAUGGUGACGUAGAAAAAAAAAGGUUGGGAAAGCACCAUGGUCGGGUGCAUAAUCUUGCUCUGGAGCCUGGAAGUCCUUAUGUAUUUUAUAGCUGUGGCGAGGAUGGCUUUGUUCAACAUUUUGAUCUGCGUAGUAACUCAGCCAGAAAACUUUUCUGUUGCUCGUCAAUCACCAAGAACAAACAGAGCUCAAGCAGCAUUAGGUUGAAUGCUAUUGUGAUUGACCCAAGAAAUCCAAAUUACUUUGCUGUAGGAGGUUCCGAUGAAUAUGCUCGCAUCUAUGAUAUUAGGAAAUAUGGAUGGGAUGCUUCAAGUAACUUAGAUGCACCGGUGAAUAGCUUUUGCCCUCACCACCUGAUCGAGAAUCAUGAUGUUCGCAUAACGGCAUUGGCUUACUCAAAUACAAGUGAACUGCUCGUCUCUUACAACGACGAGCUCAUUUAUUUAUUUCAGAAGAACAUGGGAAUGGGCCCCUCCCCAUUGUCUGGCCCACAGACAGAUUCGCAGAAACUGGACGAGCCACAAGCUUACUCAGGGCAUAGGAAUUCACAGACAGUUAAAGGAGUGAGUUUUUUUGGUCCUAAUGGUGAAUACGUCAUGAGCGGAUCUGAUUGUGGUCAUAUAUUUAUCUGGAAGAAGAAAGGAGGUAAGCUCGUGCGCUUGAUGGUAGGUGAACGGCAGAUAGUGAAUCAACUCGAGCCCCAUCCACGUAUGCCUAUCAUUGCUAGCUCUGGCCUAGAGAAAACUAUAAAGAUCUGGGCUCCUGUGUCGAGCGAUGUUCUUCCCCUGCCCCACAAUGUGCAAGAGAUUAUGGAGUCUAACAAGCGAGGCCGGGAGGACCAAUCGCGCGUUAUACUUACUCCCGAUGUAAUCAUGCAUGUUUUGCGGUUGCAUAGAAGACAACAAUUGGCUUAUGAUGAACGAAGAAACAGUAGAGGUGACAUUGAGAGUGAUGAAGAUGAUGAAGCCGCUUAUGUUUUAGGAUUCGCAGGAGAGGAGGAAAAUAACAAUGAAUGCAACAUUAGCUAGAGUUUUGCUUUGUACUUAUUCUGUAAGCCAGCCAGAUCUUUGUGUUCAAUUCUACUCUUCUUGCUUGGAGUGCGAACAUGUCUUUUGCAAUGUGUAAAUCCCCUCGUAUUUUAGUGAAGGUAAAGAAAGAUGCGAUAUAUAUAUAUAUAUAUAUGUGGUCAAUUUUAAUAAAAUAUAUAUGGCUGCAUCUGAGUCUUAACGUUCA